AUGAGCGGAUCUCAAAAACAUGAAACCUCUAAGAUCGAUUACCAAAAGAUCGGCGCUACCAACACCUUGGCCUCUGCAGAAGGUUCACACCAGCAUGUCCUGGCAUCUACUGCAUCUGCAUUGGUGGUCACAGUCAACUACCGCCUCGGGGAGAUACAAACACAAGUUUCCCCCUCUUCAGAUAGAAGCUCUAUCUCCCAAGAGCCAGUUGAAGCACCAGACCAAAUCCUGGGACCAAGCAACCCUCAAGUCACCUCUUACAAAUACCCAACCCCCGUCCACGAUACCCUAGCUGGAUUUGACUGGAUCCAAACCAACCUCCGACCAUCUCAACUAGCCAUCUUCGGCACACACUUUGGAGGCUCCCUGGCUCUAAUGCUAGCUCUAACAGAAGCGCGAUCCAUCCAAGCCGUCGCCGCCGUAGAACCCAUUUGCGACUGGCCGGGUUUAGAUGAGUACUGCACACGCGAAAGCACUACCACAACACCCAAGACUGUUUCAAAGGACAAUACUGCCUCAAUUCCAACACUAUCAAAAAACAAGCGCCAACCAAGAAAAAAGACCCCAGCACUACCAGACCUACUCCCCCUCCUUGAAGCCCGCUCAAAAUUCUUCUCGACACCAGAACGCUGCUUCGACUCCUUCGCCUCGCCAAUCCUCUUCCUCCGCUCUGCAGGCCGGGACGUGCCGCGCACAUUCCCGCAGUACCUCACGGGACCGGAAUAUCCUGUCCCCGUACUGAAGGAGACGCGAAGCACAACAGCUGAGCAAUACGGUGCCGCGGACGGGUCGAUCUGGGAUCGAGAUGUGUAUCCCGAUAUGGAUGCUGACGAGGUUGAUAUCAGCACUACUGUUACGCGGCGCCGGAAGGCACUUUCGCGCUGGCCGCCGUUCGGGCUGGAUUAUGGGCUUAGUGGUGACACGUGGUCUGGGCCUGGAGAUGGGAUUGGGCGAUUGGAGAUGGCUUUGCCUUGGGUUCGGGUAUUGUUGAGAGAGGAUGGUGCUGCUUUGGCCUCUGGUUCUCUGUCCUCGUCUGCGGUUGAGACGAAGAAGAAGAGUAGAGAGGGUGCCGCUGGGGAUACGGUUCUUGCUAGACAGGCUGAUGAGAUGGUCUCUGUUAUGCGUCGGGCUUGCUUUUGGGGACGGGAAAAGGGGGUUGGGGAGCGGAGGGUUACUUUAUCGAGGGUGGGGACUGAUAAUAAUGGGAGAGAGGAAGUGGGUGAUUGGUUCAAAGGUGUGUUUCAGGGCAAAAUGGAUGAUAGAAAUUGA